AUGGCCUCCACACAGCUGGCAAAGACUCCGCUUCCUGUCUACAAAACUGCCUUCCUGGAAACCUGUCUCUCUGCUGAUGUCUUGAAAUUUGGGGAUUUCACAUUGAAAUCUGGUCGAAAAUCGCCUUACUUCUUCAAUGCCGGUCUAUUCCAUACAUCGUCACUCCUUUCCGCAAUCUCUACAGCUUUUGCAAACACCAUCAUCUCUUUCCUCUCCUCCAACCCUUCGAUUCCGAAACCCGAUGUAAUCUUCGGCCCUGCUUACAAGGGGAUCCCCUUUGCAUGCUCAACUCUACUUGAACUAAACCGCAUUGACCCUGACACUUGGUCGUCCGUCUCCUACAGCUUUAAUCGGAAAGAAGUCAAAGACCAUGGAGAAGGGGGAAAUAUCGUGGGUGCUCCGCUAAAGGGGAAAAACGUCCUUGUUAUUGAUGAUGUGAUCACGGCCGGCACUGCAAUGCGAGAAACGUUAAAGCUGGUAGACAUGGAAGGUGGAAAGGUAGUGGGUUUUGUAGUUGCCCUCAACCGGCAGGAGAAAAUGCCGGGAUCAAAAGAUGGGGAAGAUGAUGGAGAACCCAGGAUGAGUGCUAUGGGCCAAGUUAAACAAGAAUUCGGCGUCCCAACAGCAAGUAUCGUCACGCUGCAGGAUCUAAUUACUUUAAUGGAGGCCCAGGGGAAAAGGGAGGACAUGGAGAAACUGGAGGAUUAUAGAAGGAGAUAUCGAGCUAGUGACUGA